UUGUUUUUUACACUUGCACCAGAAUCCGAAAAACAUGUAAAAAAUACUUAUUUGACUGUUUUGACCCGUAGACGUUUUAUUUUACACGUACUCGUUUGGAUUUUAAUCGUCUAAAAAGUUACUAUGCAUUUUAAAUGUGCCGUUAUACUGUGCGCGUUGCAUCUCUUAACGUCAGCAUGGAGCUUUGGACUGAACAUUAAUCAACUAAAUGAAUUUAUUGAGCUGGGCAAAAAUCCCCAUGUGCUUGCAAUCGCACGAGUUAUGCAAGAAUCUUUUGGAAUCGAAAAGCCCGAGGCACUUUUUCAUAGCGAUUCAAGUAACAUAGAUGGGGCCGAUUCUGUGGAUUUGAAGAACCUACUGUUGGCGUUGUCGUAUAACGAUGAGAACAGACACGAAUGCUUCAAGACUGAAAUGCUCACGCCUUUGGAAGUGGAGUUUUUCCUCAACGUGUUCGUGGAACACGCAAACGAUUCUGACCAAGAUGGAUGUCUUGGUCUUGAACAGCUGCGAGGUGUAUUGAAAGAAUUAAAAUUAAACGAUAGGGAUAUCGGAAGAGUAGUCGGCAAACUUCAAGCUAAAAAAAAAACGGACGAAUUUGCUGUUAAAGAAGCGGAUUUCUUAUGGACAUUAAUGGAAAUUAAACCAAAAGGUAAUGGUCUAAGUCUAGAGCAAAUAGAAGAGUUGAAUGAUGUGUACAAUGGUCCCAAAACCGAUACCGGUGGUAUUGAACCCGAGGAAAUUCAAAAAAUCUUCAUAGAGUUCAAUAUGGCCGACCCGAAACAUGAAUCGAAAAUGCUUUUCAAAUCCAACCGUGUCGCCGAGAAAGAGCUGAUGGAGUUGGCGUUGCUUACGGCGGAACGCGGUAGGAAGGUACACGUUGAAGACAGCGAGGAAGACACGGAAGGAAAGUUCAUGGACCCGCCUUUAGUCCGGACUUUCUUGAGCGAUUUCGUCAGCUAUGACUUGAAUAAUGAUGGUUUCGUUUCCAAGCAAGAGUUGUCUACUUGGUCGGAACUCUUGAAAUCUAUUUCGCAUCCCAUGCCAGAUUCCGGAUAUCCUCAGAACGACGACGAUAAAAUAAACUUUGCGGAAUUCUUGAAAAUGAUGUUUUUAUACUAUAAAAAAUUAGAAGAGGAAACUGAGCCAAUCACUGUUGACGCUGAUAGUGAUGACGACUGACACGGUAUUGUAUUCAUUUUAUCUUGUGCAUCUCACAAUAAUAGUAAUUAUAUUAAUUGAAAUUUC